UCCCACUCCAACUGCCUGGGCGAACGUUGGGACCGGCGCCAUUUUGUGGAGUAGGGGGGCAGCAUCGUCGCGCUCUAUUCAAAAUAAAACAAACACUUUAAACAUAAGUACGCGAGGCGAGAGGUAUUUGGAGAAAGCGAUUACAGUAGAAAGGGAAGGGGAGGCAUAGAGAGCAGAAUGAAGAUCUUUGUGGGCAAUAUCCCGACUGAGGGCACGGUGGAGGAGUUGCGUACGCUCUUCGAGUACUAUGGCACGGUGCGGGAGUGCGAUAUCAUCCGGCACUACGGCUUCGUGCACAUGGACAGCCCCGAGGAGGCGGCGCAGGCCAUCGCCGCCCUCAACCAGUACGAGCUGCACGGCCAGAAGCUCAACGUGGCCGAGUCGCGGCCUAAGCCCCCGAUCUCCGCCGCCGUCACCAAGGUCUACGUGGGCAACCUGGCGGCCAGCUGCAGCAACCAGGAGCUGCGGGCCAAGUUCGAGGAGUACGGCCGCGUGGUCGAGUGCGACAUCGUCAAAGAUUAUGCCUUUGUCCACAUGGAAAAAGAGGAAGAUGCAAUCAAAGCAAUAGCUAGCCUAGAUGGCCAGGAGUUCCUCGGCAACAAGCUCAGGGUGCAGCUCUCCAGGUCCACCUACGGGAAAUCUGGCGGGCAGCGGGAAGUGUGCCAGCGCUGCGGGAGGCAGGGCCACCAAGCUCGAGAUUGCCACUCGCUGCGCCUCAAUCAGUACAGCCAGUACCAGCUGGCGUCCCAGUACUACCCCUCUUACUACUCCUAUUACGACUACGACUACGGUCAUGGCUCCUAUUACGACUAUUACGAAGAUUACCAGACGGCCACUACUGCUGCUGGUUAUGCGACUCUCGAUUACGGAAGAGAGAGGAGCCCUAAUCGUCUUACCUCGUCUGCAGUGACCACCACUAACAACUCCCUGUACGAGCGCACCCGCCUCUCGCCGCUCACGGUGCCAAAAUAUCAAACAGAGAAGUACAUGGACGAAAGCCUUAGGUACAUAGCCGUAGCCCGCAAGCAGGCGGCGGCGGCGGCAGGGCACGCCGCCCUCACUUCUGCAGUGGGGACAGGGGAGAGCGUGGCGGCCACGGCUGCGAAUAAUGUCGUUUAUGUCACUGCUGCUGCGUGGAAUACGGUGGCACCCGUUGAAGACUCUUCCCUUGGGACUGCCCAGGUGACGGAGCAGUAGUGCCACCCAGGCAUCCUGUGGGCUCCGCAAUUGACGAUUUUGGAUCGUUAACCAAUCGUAGCCAUCGCAUGCAAAUGCCAAGCCUGCUACAGAGCCAUUACGUGACUGGAGGGGAACCCUCCCGUCCCCACCCCGAGCAGCAGAGAACGUUGGGGUUAACAAAGCUGUAAGUGGACAUUUACUAGGAUAUUGAAGGUGGGAAUUACCUCUGAAGCAGAGCUUUGACAGACAUUCCAAGUUCGGGAGAGCAGUCAAAUCUGUGACCCCAAAGCAAAGUCAGUAGCUUUACGAAGAACAUUUGGCGAGGAGUGAAAUUAUAAAUAAUCACAGGCAAAGAACAGGAUCAGGAUUGAUGGGGUGCCCCUUUGGGAGUCAUUGCGAACACUGUAUUAGAUUAUUUUGCGAUGCCCUGAACUUGCGUGCUAGCACAAACAUUGAUUUGGUAAUUUAAUUGCACUGUUGAGGACAGAACAGUUCACUGUGCAGAGAUGCCACUGCCCCUCCCCAUUGCCACACCCCAGAUCUGUGUUUAUUGAGAACACAGUCUUAUGAAAGCGACCUAAACGGAAUCUGAUUCAAUCCCAAUCUUUAAACUUUUUCUAUGUGUCACAACUUCAGACAUCCCUGAUAUCCCAGUAGCCUAUCUUGGGGUUAUAAGAAAAUUCUCACAAGUAAGUGGCACUGGCUUAAUUGGCCUGGACCCCAUUCUUCUGCAAUAAAUCCAUUCACAGAGUGUCAGGUCAUUAGCCUUCGAUGCUCUCGCCGUCUUUCCUCAGACUGGUUUCAUUCUGAAUGUGAAUAUCCCCUUUUUGAUUCUAAAAGGCUGAUGUAUAUACCUUUUCUGAUAAGUGUGCCUGCCUUGGAAAAUCACCCAGUUGCUGAGUUACAUCUGCAUCAUGUUUCCCGGGAUCCUGUAAUCCUGAACGGUGAUGAACAAGUAAGAAUAAACGGUCGAUAUCUUGAGUAGGCAGACGCUUUAGUUAUACUCCUGUUUGAUUUUUACCUUGUGCCUUGGGCUAGAUUUAGAGCCCCUUUAGAGAUUACCGUCACUGUUUCCCCUGUUCUUACGCAGUGGGUGUGUAAGAAAGAGAUUGCUAGGUCUUGGGAGAGACUGACGUGCUGUUUCCAGCCCUGCCAUAGUUGUAGGUGGGAUCACCUGGUGGCCUGCAGCCUUCACUGUGUCUUUUUGAUGGAAGGGAUGAGCCAUCUCCGUUCUUGCAUUUUCUUCAUUGAGGGUUGUGGCUGCUUUAGAUCAUCUACCAGAGGCUGCUUCACCCAUGUUUGUGGUGCUGGUGGGUUUUGUGUGUUGUGCCAAGGGCCUGCUUCUGUAAAACGUCCCUCUAUAUUCUCUGUGUCACGCAAAUGGUCUGGAUCUCUGCAUCUUUGACAGUGUCUACUGGAGGUAUGGACUCAAAGGUGGUGGAGGGGUGGUGGCUCCCUCCUGGAUGAUUUCAGAUUAUCCCUGAACCAUAAGUCAUUCACAGACGUUGAGGAUGGUAGGUAGCACAGUAAGAUGCCUAUUCCGGAGAGCCUAAGCCCUGGAAUAGGAGGGAUGUAGGUGUGAAAGAGUGGUGUUCCUAAUUGCCUUACAGCAGGUUGUCAGGGUUAAAAAAAAAAGUGAACCCCCACCACUGUUGGUUUAAGAGUGGAAGAGGUGACUUGUGAACCAGAGUGACUGGGUGGGGGAAGUGGGUGCUGGGGUGCUUACUGCACCAUCUUUGGUCAUUUAUGGCCCCAGGUACCAUCACAAAACCUGGCCGAACACCAUGUCCUCACCUCAAAGUCCGUGCUUCAUUGGCAAGAGAUGAAUUUUCAAAUUGUUAAGUGACCCUCCCUCCCCACAGAGCCCCGUUAUAUUAAUCCCCACUGUGCUCACUUCUAGCUUGCCUCCUCCCCCUGCGCCCUCUCCCUCGGUGAAUGCGUGAGCGUCUUUCCUUGCCGCCCUCUCUGUAUUGACAUGAUGUGCUUUUUCUCUUAGGUAUGAUCAGUACGGCUACGCUUAUUCCACCGAAACCCACUAUUGCCCAAUGAACCGACGAUUUCCUCCUCCUCCUCCUCCUCCGCCGCCGCCGUCCGACCGGAAGUUUGCUCUCUCCAGACGAAUACACGACCCGCGCGAUCGUGGCACGAACAGCGCCGUGGCAUUUAAACAAAAAAAAUUAUAUAUAUUAUAUCUUUCUUUCUCAAAACAUAUAAUCUCUGCAGCUCCACCAUGUGAUCCGUAGGUUAUGUGAACACACUUGACGCUUAUAUCUCUCCCUGAAUGUGAUUGGAUGCUGUGCCAGGGGUUUUAUUUUUUUGUUCCGUUUCCGGACAUCACCCUGCACCCAAACCCAAUCCCUACCCCCUUCCGAAAAAAAAAAUCUCUCCGUACAAGUCCUACAAACCUGCUGUCUGAAUGCAAGUUGGCAAAAAAAGGCGCCUUCAGUAACUACUUCCCAGCACUUUUUAAAGGGGGGGGAGCCUGUUCCAUUUACUCACCAUGCAGGCCCCUCAAGUAGUGAUGGGCGGACAUGGGUUUCAGCCCCUUUACUGCCUGUAGGUCGGCAGCUUUGGGAGGAGUGAUGAGCUGCUCUUGCUGUGGCACCUUGUUGCCUGGGGUUCAGAAGCUCGGAGCUGACCCUUGGGCCUCUGGUGCUUGAAACUCGCUGGGAUUCCGGCCAUUCCUCCGGCCCUGCAUUGUCCCCACGGGAUCCCUCUUCUGCUUGCAGUUGGCACGGUCACUCAGUCCUCCAGUUUGGCGAUUGCAUGGUGAAGCAGAGCAGGCUUCCCCUUUUAAAUAUUCGUCACUUCUGAAUCAUACCGCCACCACGAUUGAUACAAAAGAAAAGAGUAGCUUUUCUGUCACUCUCUCCCUCCCCAUUUGUCUCAGCCAUACCUAACAUGCUGCCACAGUUGGUCCAGUCCCUGGGUUGCACAGGAGUAGUUGAUCCACCUGUGCUUGUGUUCUAUUUGUUUUUUGUUUUCCUUGUCACUCUUGUUUCUCUGCAGCCUCUGGACUCGUGGGGUGAGAGUUGGGCAGGGGAGGUGGAGAACUGGUGGUGGGGGUCAGUCAGGGGUGGGGUGUUUGGAUGACCUGCACAGUGUCAGUAAGGUUCAGUGAUGCCAUUGUAUGGUCCACCUUCUCCAGGGAGUGCUCCCCCCCCCCCCCCAACCUUCCCCAUUCUUGUAUUCUUCCCCAUCCCAUCUCACUUUAAUCUGGAUUAUGGCUGAUCUAAUCAGUCCGAAAACUACUGGCACGAUGGGAAAAGCAGUAGAAUUUUGACCAGGGUUACUAUUUAUUCCAGCAGCUUGUUUGCUAGGGGCAACAGUUGACAAGAGGGCAAGAGGCAUAUUUCUGAAUCUGAUAUGCUGUAAGAGGACACUGCAUCUUUUCUGGGCUCUUCCCGUGCGUGUGUGUGCGUGCAUGUGGUGCGUUUCCUGUUUUCUUUGUUAAUGUGCAGUCAUCUGAGAGGGAGCUAUAAAAAGCAACUCUCGUUCCCCAUUGGCCCAGUGCGGACGUAUACUGUGAGCGGUAGAAGGUUCCACUGUGUGUGCACUUGUAAACUGUGUGUGUGGGAGUGAGAGGGUUGUGUUCGGUCACAUUGUCCCCUGAGGUUGACCAGCCUUCUGGCACUGACUGUACCUGUUCCGGUCUGUGCUGGAGAGCUGUUAGCAUCCCUCUGUUAGUGCCUUUGGCGGCGGGAAGGUUGCAAAAGAAACUGCAAACGUUUUUUUGGGAUGGUGGGUGGGGAUCGUAAAGGAAUGGGAUUAGGGGAGGCGCGCUCAUAUGUCCUUUCUGGUAUUACAAAUUAUUAAAAAAAAAUAAGGUUCAUUUAAUUUACCUAUAGCAUGAGAAAUUAUUUAGUAGUUUUGUGUAAUUGCCUACCCUAAAACCAGUGUCUGAAAUUAGAUUUGGAAGGGAUGGGCAGGGGUAUUUGUAAUUUAACCUGUAGCUAAGAUUCAAUAAAACUAAUCUGAAAUA